CUCUCGUUACGACACUUUGGUCGGCAACAGGUUAACGGAUGUGACUGGUUCAGCCCGAGAUCGAGAUACUCUAGGAUUUAUCAUUUUGAUGUAAUGGAUCAGAUGCAGAGAUCUGCUGAGGAUUCUGGCGCGGCCAGAGGAUCUGUGCCAGAAAAACAAGCACCGAUUUUAUCGGGCUUGCAGCCACGACCGGGUCCUCCACCUCAGCGAUAUCCGAUAAAUAACGGUUCGGCUGGGCCGAGAUUGGGGGGAGGUCAGCCACCACCUAGUUUACCACGUCUAGACAGUCGAUCAACAUUGGCAGCACCAAAUCAGGGAUUUCCGAGGGGAUUUGGACCGCCCCGACCGCCGGGCGCACCACCUGGUCAAUUUCCGAGGGGUCCACCACCUCAAGCGAAUCAGGGCCCGAUCAGAUUUCCACCGGGUUCAUCCUCUGGGCCGGUUCGGGGACCGUUUCCACCGGGUCAGCGACCGAAUUUCAAUAACAGUCAGAUAAGACAGCAAAGACCGUCACUGGAUCCUGGCGGUCAGCGAUUUCCACCGCCUGGUGCCGGUUUUCCGUUCAAUCCGGAACGCCUGCUGACGCCGAGGGUAAUUCCAGAAGGAAUUGUUGCAAGUCCUCAAGGCGCUGCUCCUGUUCCGACACCCAGGGAACCGCCUGACGCCAAAUCCCCGGGUCAGCCUCAGUCCAAGUUCAGAAUGGAAGCGAACGGACCGAAUCUGGUGACCAAUGACAAAGAGAAUGAAGUGCCGACACCGAAAAAGAGACCGACGGGCGUUGCCGAUGAGGAUGAUGAUGACGACGUGGUGAUGGACAACGAGAAGGAGGAGAAGGAUGAGAAAGACGAGAAAGAGAAGGACGACAGGUCCCAGAAGUCCGCCAGCAAUGAGUCCCUCGCGGUAUCUGCGACGAAGAAGACUCCAAGUCCUGAACCGCGGACUCCAGUCAAGAACGAGAUCAGCGUCAGCCCCAGUCCCGUCUCAUCGAAAGCUCCGACACCGGCGCCUGACGACGACAGAUCAAAAUCCCGAUUGAGUGACGCCGUCAGGUCAGAAGACGGCGAUGAUUCGAAUGACAAGUCCCGACCGGUAAGCGCGUUGUCCUCCAGGUCCAGCAUGAAGUCCCCGACGAAGUCCAUCGGUCGAACUCUAGAUCUGCCGUCACCUGGCGGUGGCAGAUCUCCAGAGGUCAAGUCCCCGGUCGUUGGUUUCGAUAAUGGAAGACCGAGAUCGCUGACCGCAAGGUCACCUUCGCCGGCCUCGACUCCUGGGAUCUCUCAUUCACCAAAAACCCCGGGGACCCCGAAAUCCGAGAAGAGGGCGACAUUCGCGGACGUGAGCGAAGGGAGCAGAACAGAGAGGUCGAGGCCAGGAACACCAGGAGUCAGAAGCAAACCUGGGACACCCCUGAAGAGCCCUAGCAGGUCGCAGACCCCGAAGGGCAUGAGCCGGUCAACCUCCGGGCGAUCUAUCAAAUCAGAUGGAGGAAGCGAUAGCGGCGCAAACGCAACGACGCAGAAUGGCUCUCCAACGACAAACGGAGUAUCUGUAUCGCCGACGAAGAAGUUGCCAAUAAAAUCUAAGGAUGGGGAUAAGCCAAAAGUGGCAGGCUCACCGACAAAAUCACCCAGCAAAUCCGUUAAAUCUCUGCCAAGAACCCCAGAAGCUGGCCCUCCAUCAACUGCUGAUAAAAAAAUGCCCAUGAACAAAGUUCAGGUUGGCGCUGCUCCAUCGCCGAAUUUAAAGACCGUUCGCUCCAAGAUCGGUUCGUUGGACAACGCGAGCUACAAGCCAGGAGGUGGAAAAGUCAAGAUUGAGAAUAGAAAAUUGGAUUUCAGCAAGGCACAGCCAAAAAUUGCAGCCAAGAACGACAAGUACAUGCCCAGUGGAGGCGACAAGAAGAUACAACAAGUGAAACUCCAGUGGAAUGCAAAACCCAAGGUCGGCUCCCUGGACAACGCAACCUACAGACCAGGUGGUGGUGAUAAAAAAAUCGAAACAGUCAAGCUCGAUUUUAAGGACAAGGCAAAGCCCAAAGUUGGGUCUAAAGAGAACGCAAAACAUGUGCCAGGUGGUGGUGCAGUCAAGACAUCACCGGCAAAUAAGUCAUCGGAGUCCCAGGGUGAAAUUGAGACGCAGAAGAUCGACAUCAAGGCGGAGAGUAAAAUAGGAUCUCUGGACAACGUGAAGCAUAAACCAGGAGGUGGUGACAAGAAGAUAUUCAACGAUCGCGAUUACCUCCGCCAGACAAGUUCCAAUUCCAACGUGGAAAGUGCCAACGGCAGUGGUGCCCAGAGUCCGGUCCCGUCCAACUCCUUCAUCGACGGGAAGAACGGCCUGCCAACGUCGGACGAGAAUCUCAACCAGGAAAGCUAAAUGCUCCCCCCUAGCUUGAGUGCCCGCUUUUGAUUGCGUUUUACAUGAAAUAACAGAAAAAAAAAUUCAAAGAUGAAGGACGCCUCGAGCAAGACAAGAGGUCCACAAAAAAAAAUGAUCCUGCCAGGCGGAUCACACGUCAUCGCCAUCACGUCAUCGCACUAACGCAUUUAGGCAUUUUAUUUCGUUGGAGUUUAACCAAUACCUGAGGUACCGAUCCCCGUGGAAAGCCGAUGUUGCAAUUAAGUGUAUUGUGAUAAAUUACCCAAACUUAUAAUCAUUGAGCAAUAACUCGGGAAUUUUCUCUGCGAAUAUGCCAUGAGAACCAGUAGAAGAUUUUUCAAUGUGUUGAAUUAUUUCAUCAAUUGGAUAAUUUCCAGUUGUUGAGGAUAAAAAAUGUUUAUUUGAGGAGUGGCUAGCCCAUACCGAGACUCAUUCCAUUGAUAUUUCAGAGAUAAAUACAGAGUACUCGUAUAAUUAUGGUUUGUGUAGAUAUUGUACGUUGCGAAUUAUCAAAAAUGUUUUUUAAAAAAAAUGAACUGGAGUAGCUGAUUGUUUUGGGAAGAGAACGGAGUAAUGAAAUCGUGUCACAAUUUUAAUCUUCACAAACUAGUGGAAGAAUUGAUUUCCAGUGGUCCACAUGUACACAUUUCUCCCUAGACGUUGAACUUUUAAUUAUUAAAAUCACAAACAUACACAUUUAACCGCUUGAUGCGUUUUGAUUACGACGAGGAUAAUCAAAUACGUCAUAACAAUGCGUUUAUUAAAGACUAAUAAUAUUUAAUGAUAGAGAUAUCACAACUUCGUCAACACGAGUUUAUCGUAUCCAUUAAACAAUAAAUGAUAAAUGCUGAGAGUAAUUAUGAUAAGAGAAUUCUAAUGUGAAACAGAGUAAUGACAAGUGUGUAAUGACCAUCAACUGUAUUCUAUCGUAAAGAUCAUUACUUAGGGAUUAAUUGAUUAUAAUAAUAUUUUUGUUUCUAAAUUUAA